GUGGUUCUGUUCGCAUCGCGUACGCUUGUCCGUGGGUUUUGCCGGUUGCUCGCACGCUGUUACGCGAUUCCUUUUCCAGUGUUUUCCUGUGUUCAAGUGAUUCAAAUAUUGCCCUCCAAGUUCAUAUUGUGUUUUUAAGAAUCGUGGAAUAUCUGUGGCCUAUCCCAACUAUUUGUGUUUCAGUGUUUAGCACCUAAGUAGUGAUCGUUUUCAUUGAGUUACUCACAACUUCUAUUGGAUAACCUUUCCUUUCGUCGGAGAUUACUCAUCAGAUGUCUGUUUAAAGAUUUCCUCACAAACAUGCCCGAGGAAUAAAGAGGAUUCAAGAGGAUAUGCUAGCCCUCUAAAAUAUUAUCAGUUCUCUUGCAAUGAAGCCACCCAACUUGGGGUGGACGACUGUGCAAUACGUCGUUUUGGUUUUAUUUUGCACCUUUACCUCGCUUGUUGAUGCAAAACCUGGUCCUUGUGAGGUCGAAACUCAUCUGUCAAAUAUAAUCGUGGACAUCGAGGAAAGCCGAGGCAAUCAAACUAAUCAACAAACAACACCUGCAGAGCUCCCUGUUGGUGGGGACCCCGUCUACGAGGUUAGUUUGGAUCUCGUAUAUCAGAAGGGGAACGCUGUGUUCAGUUUGAAAGGGAAACGCCUUCAGUUGACGCAACCUCUGGACCGAGACGCAGACAACUUAUCGCACAUCGUUUUCCAGCUUACGUGCACGAUUAGAGCAACCAAUAAAAAGCGCACAAUUCCGGUGAUAGUUCGUGUUUCAGAUAUCAACGACAAUGCUCCGAAAUUCAUCAACACCCCGUACCAAACAACUGUGUCCGAGUUGACUCCUGUGGGGACAACAAUUUUCCAGAGUUUGAGGGCGGUGGACGCGGACGCCGGGGUGAAUGGACUCGUCGAGUACUUCAUCGUUCCCGGCGAGCCCUCCACGUUCGGCAGCAAUAACUUGGUCACCGUCGCUGACGGCGCCGGCUUCUUCAACAUCGCACUCCCCCACCAAGGUCAGGUCACCGUCAGUCGGAGUUUGGACUACGAGAAAACGCAGAAGUAUCUUGUCACCGUUGUUGCAUCCGACCGUGCCAGGAACCAAUCGGAGAGGUUCUCCUCGACGACGACGCUCACGGUGAACGUCAAGGACGAUGACGACCAAGACCCCUCCUUCAUCUAUCAGGGGUGCAUGCUCCUCGACGGAUCUUGCGUCAACCCUGUCUAUUACGCCACCGUCUCAAGUGGAGCUGUGUCCGGCGUAUUAUCUGUAACUCCUGAGAAAAUUCAAGCAGUUGAUAUGGAUUCCAUCAAUGCACCCAUCCUAUACAGCUUUGUCAACGGCACUCCCGCAUCUUUCAAGGACUAUUUUCUUAUCGACCCUCAAACUGGCACAGUUAAGCAAACAAGAGCAGUUGACACUUCUAUAACCAAGAAAUUUCAACUCACCAUCAAAGCUGAAGAAGUCUCGGAGACAAAAAGGUUUGCAGUUGCAAAACUCAUUGUUACUGUUAAACCAGUCGAUAGCAAUCCGCCACAAAUAAAAGCUUCUGACGCAGAGGGUUUUGUGGAUGAAAAUGCUCCGAAAGGAACCCAAGUAAUCAACUCGGAGGAUAUUCCCAUUAAGCUCACUGUUAGCGAUCCGGACCUGGGUCCCGAGGAUCCCAAACCAUUUUACAUAUUUGAGUUGACUACAAAUUCUUUUACCAUUGAUGAAGAUGGAUUCCUCGUUGUGAAUGAAGAAAAUUUGGAUCGUGAUCCGCCAAAUCCUGGAAAAUUCAGAUUUCAGGUUGUCGCGCGUGAGAAGAGUGGCAAUGCAGCUAGUGCACCCCUGUCGUUGACGGUCAAUCUGAAUGAUGUCAAUGACAAUGCACCUCGAUUGCCGAUGAUUUCACCUGUCUCUGUUCAAGCUGGUGAAGCUCACAGACAAAUAGUCCAGGUCAUUGCCACUGAUGUUGAUGAGGGGAAAAAUGCAGAGCUGACGUACAAUAUUUAUCAUGUAUCAAACACGGGACUCAACAAGUUCAAAAUCGAUCCUCAUACCGGUGUCGUUGAAACCACUGGUAAACUUACUGCAGGGGAGCAGUACAGCAUUACCGUCCAGGCAACUGACAGCGGUGGAAAAUCAAGUCAAACAAUUGUGGAGGUGACAGUAGUCCCAGGACCCAACACCCGCAGCCCUGUCUUUCAGCAGUUCGUGUAUGAUGUUGUUGUCAGUGAAGGAGCAGCUAUUAACUCCACCGUUACAACCAUUAAUGCUGUUGAUCCAGAGAAUGAUCCUGUGAUGUACUCAAUUGUAUCAGGGAAUGACCUCCGACAGUUUGCAAUCGGUGAAAAAACAGGAGUUGUAUCAGUAAUUCGGAAGCUUGACAGAGAGGAUUUGACAAGAUAUCAACUGCUGGUGAAAGCAGAAGAUGAAGGUGGCUUAUCAAGCACUGCAACAAUCAAUAUUCGGGUGAGCGAUAUCAAUGAUAAAAACCCAGAAUUUCAAGAUACGCCAUAUGAAUUUUCAAUCAAAGAGGGUCGCAGUGAAGUCAAAGUAGGGCAGGUGAAAGCUACAGAUGCUGAUGAAGGACAAAAUGCUGUGGUUUACUACUCUCUACCAGACGACAUUCCAUUUUCCAUUCAGGAAGAGGAUGGUGUUAUCACUACAACUGAGCCAUUAGAUUAUGAAAAGCAGCAGGUUUACAGAUUUGUUGUAACUGCUCGUGAUGGUGCCCCUGACCCAAGACUGGCGACAGCCACUGUCACCGUCUCUGUUUUGGAUGUAGAGGAUGAAGAACCUAUUUUUCAUUUGACAACGUAUGAAGCAAAAGUUCCUGAAAAUGUUCCUGAUUUUAGGGUGGCACAAGUGAAGGCUGAUGAUGCUGAUACAAAGAAAAGAGUGACGUAUGUGAUUAAGCAAGGUCCAACUGAAUUUUUCUCCAUUGAUCCAAAAACUGGCAUAAUUAGAACAACCAGAGGCUUAGACUACGAAAGAGAAAAUCAACAUAUUUUGAUUGUAGGAACUAUGGAAAAUUCAGGAAACACGCCUGGAGCUACAACACGUGUCAUUGUUAAUGUUGAGGACCGUAAUGACAUACCUCCUGUGUUCUUGAAUGCUUCGCCAACUAUAAAUCUAGAUGAUAAUGUUGAAAUUGGAACGAAAGUUGGAAGUCUUCAGGCAACAGACUCAGAUGCCACGGCUCCUGGGAAUAAAGUGCGCUAUGAAUUAGUGGGCCGAGGAAAAGCUCUCAAGUAUUUCCACAUUGAUCCAGAUUUGGGCAUUCUUGAAGUUAAAGACGAUUUACGCAAGGAGAAAGAAUCACAAUUUCAGGUCGAUGUAAAAGCAUACGAUUUAGGAGAGCCACAAUUGUCGACCAUCACCUCUGUUCCGGUGUUUAUCCGCCAUGCAACCACUGUUCCUCCUGAGACUGGUUUAGGUUUCUCUGAUGAUUUCUACACAGUUCAAAUUCCUGAGAAUAGUCCUCCAAAAACGCUCAUUAAAACUCUUACUAUCAUCAAUAGUCGUAAUCAAAAUGCCCCGAUACCUCUGGAAUGCACUUUGGCAUCCAAAAAUUAUUCAGAUCUUUUCUAUGUGCAAGUAACUGAAGAUCGUAAUUGUGAACUUCAUCUCAAUGAAGGUAAAUUGGAUCAUGAAUUGAGGAAUGAAUAUCAACUCUCCAUACGAUUGGAUUCUUUGUCUGGCUAUAUUGCUCCAUCUCAUAGUGAAACAAAGGUGAAAGUUCAAGUAACAGAUAUCAACGACAAUAUACCUGAGUUUGUGUAUCCGAGUACAAGCAGACGUUUCCAUAAAAAAGCGUACUUUGGUGCCAUUUCUCGAGAUGUGAAAGAAGUUGGACUACCUGUACUACAGAUAAAGGCAACUGACAAAGACAGUGGAAAAUUUGGUCAGGUCACUUACAGUUUUGUAUUCGAUGAAUCUGGAGUUGGAAAAUAUUUCAGCAUUGAUGAAUCAUCAGGCCUAAUUACUAAUAUAGGCACCUUUGAGAAAAUCGAUAAGGGAGCUUUGCCAUUCAGACUUAUUGUUGAAGCCAAGGACAAUCCUGGCGCCGACUCACAAGACUUUAACAGAGCUCGCACACAAGUCGUGAUUAACUUAAUUGAAGAGAAGCAUAAGUUGAUUCUCGUCGUUGAUGAUGCACGUCCAGACUCAGUGAAAGGUGCCGAAGAGAAUGUGAUCAAUGUUCUGGAAGAUCAUUCAAACCUGAUGAUCGGCGUGGAAAAAGUAGGACCACGGCAGAAUUUAGGGUCUGAUAAUAUGACAAUAAUGUCUGAUCCUGGCGGCUCGGAUCUAUGGUUCUAUGCAAUAAAUCCAGAUACUGAAACUAUACUUGAACGAAAUAGUUCUCGCUUAAUGAGGUCGGUUCUCGAACCUGAAGUUGUCUCAAAGAUAACCUUUGAUGUCUCUGGGAAUUUAACUGCAACUGCCUCAGGAAUUCAUCCUCCGCUGGUUGUGGCGCAGCCCAAAGCAGCAGUUGUCGCAGCUCAGUGGGAAGUUCUGCCGUACGGUCUGAUAAUAAUUGCAGCGUUAAUCCUUGUUUUGGGCUCUGCUGGAAUUGUCUAUAUUUGUGUCUCGUGGGCAAGGUAUAAAGCAUAUAAAGAGCGAAUGGCCCGCAUGUAUCAUAUACCAAAGUAUGACCCUGUGUUUGUAGAACCAAAUCUAAAGGAAUACGAAACUCAGGUGCUGCAAAUGAGUGUGCCAGUCGAUGAUAAUGACAGUUACAAUGAUUUGCAGUUAGAUUUUAGUCAUAAAAACCAUUCUUUUAAUUUAGACAAUGUUGGUUACAUAACCAAAGAAAAUGGUGGAACAAGUCCUGUGAGCUCUGAUGGUGCUACAACUGCCCGAGCAUCUAGCAUUGUUCGAGAUUUCCAUCAUAAUGGAAAUAAUACGCUCAACAAAAACCAUUUGGGAGGCCAUAAUAAUAUUGGCUAUGAUAGGUCAAGUGAUCAUCCUGGUUCCCUGAAUGGACAUUUAAAUGUUAGCGCUACCAAUGAAAAUGUUCUAUUUAAAGAGAAAAAAGACUACUCGCAGAUGGGUUUCAACUAUCUGAUAGACCGAUCGCCUGUUGAGACCACAACGGAACUUUAGUGCCUACUAUUUAGAUUUUUUAUUGUUGAUUUUGAUUGAAUUAGUUGAUUCUAAGCAACAAAAAACGUAGUACUUAAUUGAGAUUUCAUCAACAUUGAUUUCUUAAAAUUUUGACUCUUCUCUCAGCUGUCAACAAAAAACUGAAUUUCGUGUGCAUAUAAUUUCUAAAGUUUUUCUCUCCUCUAUAGUGGUAAACUUUUUACCUAAGAACUAAAAUUAUGGUGCCUUUGGUCUGCCCUUUCAAAAUGUUCUCAUCUUUACUUAUGGCCCGUCUGAGUAAAAAGUAAAUGUCAUAGCUUUGCCCCUGCAUUUUUUUUGGGGAAUCUUGAAGUUAUAAGCUAACACUGUCUUUUUCUGCCGGGCUAUCUGAAAAUGAUAUUAAUUUUAUCUGCACAAGCAAAUCUUGAGGACCUUAAAGUGAAAUAUGAGCACAAUCAUUCAAACCAAAAGCGAAAACAAUUUUAUGAGCUCUUUGUAAAUGAAAUUGGUUUUUGUGUUUUGGGGCUAAAAUGGUAGGUCUCAAACCUUUGCGUUCAAAGGAAUCAAAAGGUGGAUGUCUCAUAUAUGUAGCUCUGGAGGCUUCUGGACAAGAAACAAUGUUUUGUCAGUGUUUUAAACGAUUUUCCUGUUCAUUUAAGGGUGCGGAAAAUUAUGCUAUCAUGGAUAUUGAAACAGAAGUAAUUUUGAAUUAGGGAUGGAAUGAUCUGAAUUACCCUCAGGCGUUUGACGUUGACAAUUUUUCGAUGGGUCAGAAGACAGAAAAGUGGAUUUCGGUUUGAUUAAGUUAUUGUCAUGGGUCAGGUCAUAUUAUGUUUGGUUAAGUUUGGCCAAGAAAGAAGUUCUUAUUUUGUGAAAAAAAUAACGUAAGGAGUUAAUUUAUUUUGUUCAGCACGUGAUUUCAUUAAGCAAUGAUCCAGACAUGGCUCCUUUAAUUGGUCCCAACACUCUAGAAAAGCUGUAAAAACUUUGGUCUAGAGAGCUUCACAAGGAGAGACAAGACUCAGUUUGACUUUUCCAAGGAGAACACCUUUGACUCGAUACCAAUCACUAUGUACCUUCCUAAUCGAAGUCGGAAAAAAUGAUUGAUAACAUAGAAAAAAAUUUGACGGGAAAAUCAAAAUCGACGGUGUCAGU